ACCGCCCUCUUCAACUUCCAGUCCCUCCUCCUCGUAAUCCUGCUGCUCAUCUGCACCUCGACGUACCUGCACCACGUGUUCCCGGGCCCCAUGGACCGCAACAAGGACGGCGUGCUGGGGAUAUUCUGGAAAGGCGCGCGCAUCGGCGAGCGGUUGAGUCCGUAUGUGAGCGUGGCGUGUGUGGUUAUGGCGGUGAGUUGA